AUGGAGUUAAAGUUCUUGUCUGUCAAAGAAGAAGUACAGAAACGUAGAGUGUUAUUUGAGCAUAUCAGAACGGACAUGAUGGUAGCGGAUCCGUUAACUAAAAGAUUACCUCCCAAGGCGUUCAAUGGCCAUGUAGAACGUAUGGGUGUUAUAGAUAAGGCCUUGCUUUCAAAUUUGUAA